AUGACACCUCAGACUACUCCAAUACCAGCGAACAUGGAUCCCAUGCUCGAGGGCACCCUGACAUCACCGUCUUUGUGCGACACCUGCACCCCCACCACCCUCGCCUCCUCAAAGAACGACCUGACCCAAGACUCGACUACUUCAGCCCAUGAGCAAGUCCUCAACACGUACGAGCUUCUCGAACGAAUUCUCGCUCAUCUUCCUCUCAAAAAGCUCUUCACCAUACAACGCGUGUCGCGCCAAUGGCACGGUCUCAUGGCCAGAAGCAUCCCCAUCCGGCGUAAGAUGUUCUUACAGGCCGCGAGCGGCCCUCAUCAACCUCAAGACGUUCAAGGCUUCCUCUCGUACAUCGGCCGUCCACUCUUCAACCCACGCACAGACGUCAGGGUCUACCACUUCCGCGACUCAGACUACGAUUUCCACGACGGUGGCUUUGGAACGUUUGCGAAGAUGCGGGUCGAGGCCGAGUUCAUGCGUAAGGGCGACACCUUGAGCAUUCCUAUGAGUAGCAUCGGCACAACGCCAUGCUACGGAGACGUUCAGCCUUCGUGGCGGAAGAUGUUGCUCAUGCAGCCUCCGGCUACAGCGAUGAGCGUAGGAACUUGGGGUGAUGACCUCGUAUGGGACCAUGUGGCCAGCGAAGAUGCGGUGGCGACGAUCUGGAAUCCGCGUGGGCUCACCUUUGCGGAUUUGGAGGAUGUGCCGGAGACAUUUAAGAGGCAGGAGAAGAGGUUUCCGAUGGCGUCGAUGGAGACCGACAGGUUUACUUUGGUGUUUGGGGAGGAGGUGCAGAAGAGCGAUGGCCAUGCUCAUGUCUCAUCAGUUUUUGAGGAGUGCUCGAGAACCCCUGAUCGAGGAGAACUGUGCAAGUGCUUGCGCAUGCUUCUGGAGCCAUGA